UUUUUUUUUUCUAACGGAUAGAAUUCAUUAUGAAGGUUGAAGGAAAUUUAUACAUUGUAACAGGAGGUGCUGGUGGUAUUGGUAAACAAGUGGUCAAGACCCUGAUUGCCAAAAAAGGUUACGCGGUUAUCUUUGAUCUUAAUGAAACUUUUGGUAAACUCUUAGUUGAAGAACUUGGAGGAAAGAAUGUCUUUGUCCCUGGUAGCGUUGAUUGUACCGAUGAGGCUCAAGUUGAAAAGGCAUUAGCAGCUGGUCUUGAACAUUUCAAAGGUAUUCCUCUUGCUGGUACCAUCAUCUGUCAUGGUGUGUUGUUCCCUCCUCCAUCUCUUACUGGUUAUGGUCCUACCGGCAUGUUGACUGGUUACAAGCAAUUUGAAUUCUAUGUUCGUGUGAACUUUUUGGGAUGUUAUUUGGUUGCUCAAAAGGUCGCUGAACACCUUAUCAAGAAUGAACCUUUCAAUGAAGACAAUGAACGAGGUAUCAUCAUCACUACUACGUCAAUCUCUGCUUUGGAUGGUACUAUGGUUGGCUAUGGGGCUGCUAAAAGUGGGGUUGCUGGUUUGACUUUGCCACUUGCCAAGGAACUUGCUCCACAUGGCAUCCGUGUUAUGAGUAUUGCUCCUGGACCGUUUGAUACUCCAAUCUUGGAUCCUUUCCCUCAAGGCUCACCACCUUGUCCUCAUCCUAAACGUAUUGGCAAGCCUCAAGAAUUUGCUGAUUUAUGUAUUUCUAUCAUUGACAAUCGUAUGUUGAAUGGUUCUGUCAUUAGGUUAGAUGGUGCUUUCCGUUUCAAUGACUAUGCUUAGAUAGUUGGAUUAGGACGUAGAAUUAUGCAUAUUCUUUUUAUUAUUAUUAUUAUUAUUAUUAUUAUUAUU